AGGCGGCAACGGAAACCAGGGAUUUUAUCGCAACCCGAUCGCUCUGUGUGGACUUGGCGGGCACCACCCCGUCCCCGCCCCCCGGGGAGCGGUGCUGGGCUUUGACGUCACACUUGUCAGUGUCAGCACAUGGAUGUGCAAAUGUUCUGAGAGCGGCUGAGGCGGCCCCAGCCAGCAAUUCGGCCUGGGCGGAGCGAGAGAGCUAGAAAGGGCUGCUUGGUUGGUUGGCUUUCUGGCUGGCAGGCAGGCAGGCAGGCAGGGGUGCCUCUUUUCUUCUUUCUUUCUUUCUUUUUUUACUCCCCUCCUCUUCCUCCUCCUGGUGUUGCCGCUGUUGUUUUUGUUGAUGCAGAAGGGGAUCAAGGGAGCCAAGGGACGUCCCGAUUCCCUUGGACAGGAGCAAGAUCGUCUGGAGUCACCCUAUAACUUCACCAAAGAGGAGCCGCUCGUUUUUUUAAAAAAAUCAAUAGUAUUCUUUAAAAACAACAACACCCGUCCUCUUUCUUAUUCUACGUUUUAAAAUAAUAUUUUUUUGGCAGAGAAAAAGAGGGUGAGUAUGGCUCGACCUCUCCAUCUGAACCCAACUUUCUUACCUCCGACCUACGGGGUGCUCAAAUCUCUGCUGGAAAACCCGCUGAAGCUACCGCUGCAUCAUGAAGACGCAUUUUAUAAAGAAAAAGACAAAGAAAAAAAGCUGGAUGAUGACAAUACCAGUGCCAGUAUCCCACAGUCCGCUUUCCUGGGUCCUACAUUAUGGGACAAAACACUUCCAUAUGAUGGUGACACUUUCCAGUUGGAAUACAUGGACCUGGAAGAGUUUCUUUCAGAGAAUGGCAUUCCACCCAGCCCAGCCCAUCAUGACCACAGGUCUCACCAAUCAGCUCUUCAGCAACCUACCUCAGCAUCUCCUUCCAUCAUGGACCUCAGCAGCAGAGCAUCCACGUCGGUCCAUUCAACAAUGGUUUCUCAAAACUGCAUGCAGAGUCCAGUCAGUCCAGGUCAGAUCUUGCCUACGAAUCGCAACACACCAAGUCCUAUUGAUCCCGAGACCAUUCAGGUUCCAGUGGGGUAUGAACCCGACCCAGCUGAUCUCGCUCUUUCCAGCAUUCCUGGCCAAGAGAUGUUUGACCCUCGCAAGCACAAGUUCUCCGAGGAGGAACUUAAGCCACAGCCAAUGAUUAAGAAGGCCCGCAAAGUCUUCAUUCCAGAGGAUCUGAAGCAGGAUGACAAAUACUGGGCAAGACGUAGAAAGAACAACAUGGCUGCCAAGCGGUCCAGAGAUGCCCGGAGGCUGAAGGAGAACCAGAUUGCCAUCCGCGCCUCAUUCCUUGAAAAGGAGAACACUGCUCUGCGCCAGGAGGUGGCAGAUCUACGGAAAGAUUUGGGCAAAUGCAAGAACGUCCUUGCCAAGUAUGAAGCCCGACAUGGCUCUCUGUAAAUAGCAUUCCCACCCAUCAUCUUUCUGUUCCCCACCUCCUUUUUGUGUGUGUGUGGGAUGGGAUGGGUUGGCCUUUGAAUAGAUGGACAGUGUGUGUCCUGUUUGGUAGCAUCACACCCAAACCCAGCCUUUCACCAUCAGCACUUUACCAGAAAACAGAAAUAAAACCAACGUACAACCUUUUUGUUUGCUUCUGUGCGUACGCACAUGCACGGGUCGGUGGGUGAAUAUGCGUGUGUGCAUGCGCAUCUCAGCACCUCCCAUUUUUAUGGAACAGGGAGGGUGACCUGUUUCACUUGGACUGCUGAGACCUGCCAUAGUAAGCUUUUUAUUAAAUAUAUAUGUAUAUUUUUCCAGUGCUGCUUCAAACUAGGUAUUUUUAUCCUAUCCUUUGCCAUCCUCUUGAUUUAAUUUAGAAAAAGAAAAAUAGAUGAGAAACAAGGGGAAAAGGGGGUAGAUUGUGUGUCCCCCGAUCUAUUGUUUAAAUAUGCCUAAUCAGGCAUUUUUAACUUUCUAAUGAAAAUGCACAAAUGAUAUUUUAGUGCUACACUGCAGAAAUAUUAAUUUAUAGACUUGCUUUUUUUAGUUGUGUUCUUAAGUUCUGGUAAUAAAAAUAUCUUCAGAUUCACACUGCUGCUGAUAGUUCUCCUGGUAGAUCGCAUAAUGCACAGCUACAUUUCCUUUAAUUGCUGUAAAACCCAAAAUUAAAUUGAUAGAAGUACUAAAAAUAAAUGACAGGGGAUGUAUUAUUUUUUUUGCAAAGCCUGAACCUAAGCAAUAAUCCUCUUGUACACUUUGGCAUGUUACCUCCAAUGUUCCAGGUGGAUAUAGGAUGAUCUUCCCCAUCUAAUAAGAUAACUUUGUACUAUUAAAAACAACCACCACCACCAAAUUUGUAGAGGCUUAUUGACAGGCUGCUACAAGGAUCCUUCAAACAUUGUUUUGUUUUAAUUGCUGAAAGCCACCCUGAGGAAUGCAAAUGCUCCAAUGGACAGAUGGGGUCUAAAUUUUCUAAUUCAAUCCAUCAAUGGUGCAGGAAGGUGCUGCACAUGUAGGGCCAGUCUAGGCAUUUUGCUGCCUUCAGAUAAAUUAAAAUUUUGCUCCCCCUCCUUCACUUGCAUUUUUCAUAUGCUGAACAUUAAAAUUAUCAAGUGCUGACAAGGACACUGUUUUCUUAUUUCCCUUUUUUUAAAUGCCUGUUACUUCUUUUACACUUCUUUACAAUUUUGUCUACACCUUGGGGUGAUGGUGGCUCUUGAGUGCAGUUGCUCGGCUAUAUGGCUGGGAUGGGGAACCUCUGGACCUCCAGAUGCUGCUGGACUACAAUGCCCAUCAUUCCUGACCAUUGGCCAUGCUGGCUGGGGCUGAUGGGAGUUGAGGUCCAGCAACAUCUGGGGGCACAGAGGUUGGGAAAGGCUGAUCUAGAGAGCCAAAGGUUCACCAUGUCUGCUGCAGGGAAUGUUAACCCAGCCGUUGAGCUGCCGUGCUGCCUCUGUGCACCUCCUAUCAAAUGUCAGGCUGCAACAGCGUUUCAAGACUAAGAUAGCUGAAGCAGGCAGCUCUUGAAUUUUGGCACUAUAAGAGAUUGCCUAGUUUUGCCUCAAUGGUCGGGCCUUCCCUAUAUUGCUGUGCAUGUAGAUUUCCUCCCCUUUCCCCCACCAUGUGUGUGAUUGGUCAAGACACCGAUGACAGUGUUGAUCAUCUGUUAGUGGGGAGACUACACCCCCACCCCACUCCUCAGAUAAUCCAGUGAUGUUAAUAGGGAUUGUCCUUGCUGGAUGGGGGUGAAAAUGUGUCCAUGAAAGACUCAAGACAGAUCACUGAGAAGAGAAUAAAAUGAAAACUUUUAGAUAAUCUCUGGUUUUGGAGUUCUGAGAGUUUAUUAUUAUUGCUAUUAUUAUUAUUAUUUCCUUUGCCAUUUGCAUUUCUUAAAGUCCUGUUUAUGUGAUUAAAGACUUUCAGUUCAGCUUUAUAUACAAUGUUUCUGUAAUAUAUUUUCUGUGGACUUCUUCAUUGCCAUUUUAUCUCAGAAGUCACUUUUGAAAAUCCUACUUUUCCUUGAGAUGUUUUGUUUUGUUUUUGAUUGUAUCAUGAGCUGAUGGUUCUCAAACCUCCUGUUGUUUUUAGCUUUCAUCUUUUUGCUUUGUGUUAUGUUGUAGAGUGGACUUCCUCUAGACGAGGGGAAAAAAUGAAUGUAGGAGAUGCAAGUAUAUAUUGAAAGGUGAUGGUGUUGUCAUACUGUGGUUAAUCCAGUCCAUUUAAAUGUUUUCUGAAGACCAAAAGAACCCGAUUGUUAUAAAAUGUAUAAAGUUUAUAUGGAAUCAUUAGAGUAUGCUGCUUUUUUUGUACAGUAUUUUUCAAGGACAAAUGCUAAUUGUGUAUUUUAGAAGAGAGACGAUGAUUAUAUAGCAUAUGUUAAGCAACAAGGAGAAAUAAAAAUAAGAUAUUACAUGUUUAGAGUCAAGAUAAUAUCUCUUUAUAUAUUCAUUAGUAUUGUACAGAGAGCAGGUUCUAGGUUGUUGUUUGUCUCCUUUCAAAUCUUUCACAUUUUAUGCCUACCACUGACACAUUAGCAGGGUUUUGUGCUUUAAAUCAGGGCCCAAUCCAUCUCAGUGCAGGCGUACCUGCUUGCACAUGGAGGAAUCACAAGCUGACCUUCCCUACAUUCCUCAACUUGACACGUGCUUGGAGCUUGAAUAAUGUGCAUGUGGGUGAUCAAGGGCCGGAUUGAGACAGGGAGUUGUGCAAUAUCUCCAUUGCCUGGCAACAAUUCAGGGCGCUGCUGUGCAUUAACGCUAAAGGGAAUGUAGCUCACUUGAGCUUUAUGGAAUCUCCACAUGUAUAGCUGGCCAUGCCCACAUGGGGAUGGAUUUUGCCCAAAAUAUUUGUAUUUCUAAUAAGGAAUUGUUUUCCCAUUCUGACAACGAGGAUUAUUUUUAAAAAUGCAAUGAAUCCCAUUUGCCAUGGACAAAGCACCUUGUACAUUGUGAUGCAGGGCUUAAGUCACACAACUAUGUUUAGGAUGGUGCCUGCUUUCACAUUUCACAUUUGCUGCUAUGGCAAGAAUUUGUCUUCACCAUGAAGAGCGUGGUUUGAUUGGCUUUUUAAAAUUCAUGUAUAUGCCUUGUAAAACAGCAGUUCUUGCAGAGUGGGGUGGACUUCUCUAAGGAGGUUCAGCCUGGCGAAGUCCAAGAGUCUCCCUACCCCUUCCCGACCAACGUCUCUAUUGAACUAAAAGACAGAGUGCCAAUACUUUAGUGCAAUACAGUAAACUGCAUGUGCUGUCCCAUGGAAGUAAUUCAAAGGAAGUUGGAGUCAUUUCACACAUUUCACACCGAGUGUUCGCUCAACCGGGAGGUGCAGCCAUUCACGGCCUUCUGAAAAACAUAAAGCAUGCUUGUCACAUGCACACCUGACACUUUCCGGAAUUAAACUGAAAACUUCUUAGUUUGAAAUGUGGUGUAUAAUAGUGCAUUUAAAUACACUAAACUUCACUUGAAUUACACCCCUUAUGUAGAUUCUUGGGGCCAGGGUUAUCCAUAAGUCUCUUACUCCCUGUGAUUUACUCCUUUCUGGCUAUAGUCCUGUUCAGCCCUGAUCCUUCCAUUUCCUUGUCCACCCUACUAUGUCCCAGGCGGAGAACAAGGUCAGGCACAGCCAGGUGAACUAUCUGUAUCAUGUUUUGCUUUUGUUAUACACAAACAGGCUUGAACAGUUGCUUUCUUGUCCUGUUUAAAUGUUUAAAAAAAAAACAACCACUGGGCACAAAGUGAAAAUUAUAACAUUUUUGAAAAUCAGAAAAUUAUGGUGCUGCAUGUCUUUCUAGAAUUGUUUUCUUCUCAAAGCAAAUACUUUUCCAUUCCAUAAAAUCACCUUAUUCUUGAAGGUGAUUUAGAUAAGAAUCACUCUGAUUUAGACAAUUCUGUUUGCCAUAUUGCUGCCCUGGGCUCCUGCUGGGAGGAAGGGCGGGAUAUAAAUCAAAUAAUAAAUAAAUACUAUGCAGAUUUUUUCAGAGAGGUUUGCCUCCUCUGAAAAUGUAUCCAGAUGUCCCAGUUGUUUUACUAAACCAGGUGAGGAGAGCCUUUGGCCCUCUGGAUGUUGCCCUCUGGAUGAACUAUAACUCCCAUAAUCUCUGGCCAUUGACCAUGCUUCUGGGGCUGAUGGGAGUUCGAGUUCAGCAACAUUCAGAGGGCCAAAGGUUACCCCUUCCUGUACUUUAUAUGGACCAUUAUUUCAGGGGAGUAAAUAUGUUGCAUAUAUUUAGAAAAUAAGGCAUUAUUUACUGGCCAGUAAAAAGCAAAACACAAUUUCCACUGACUGUCGAACAGAAUAGACACAAUCCAAGCAAAGUUAAUCUCAGUGAAGCCCCACUGAUUCCAGUGUGAAAGGUAAAUGCAUAUUUAAUUCCCUCAUCCUGAAAUCAAUGAAACUUAAAAGUGCUUAACUUUGGCUGUUCCGUGACCAGGUUUUUAAGUAAUGUAGGUACUUUAAAAAAAAAUACAGUGGCAGGCUGUGAGCACAUUUGGAGAGCAAAAGUGGCAUCUUUAAAAUAGAUUCUAAUUUCCAGAUCUAUAUGGCAGAUACAAAUAUGACUGCAGACACAGGCCUAAUGUCUGCAAUGGGUGUCUAAGUCUCUCCCUCAUGCAGGAAGCAUGAGAGGAAAGGAUCUGAGUAUUAUGGCCUCCAUGAGCAAUACUGUAAGGAGCCUGUAUCUCUGCAGUUGCUGUUGGAACUCCAGCUGUCAUCAACCCCAGCCAGCAUGGCCAGUGGUCAAAGAUGUGGGAGUUGUAGUCCAGCUAUCCCCUGUCCCUGAUGCAGAACCUACUUACCCUGGAAAAGUCUCAGUGAUUUUUUUAAAUGACUUACAGCAUAGUUCUAUACAUGUCUAAUCAGACAUAAGUCCCACUGAGUUCAGUGGGCCUUACUUCAUGGUAAGUGGGUAUAGAAUUACAGCUUAGAAAAAUGUUACUUUGAUGUGUGGCGAACUAGUAACAUGACCGCUUCAUCAAACUCAACCUACAUUUUUCGGUUGGGUGAAUUAAAGGUUUACGUUGGACCCAUAAGAAAAAGUAAUUGCUUUUAAAAAUUAUUUAAAAUAUUUCUUUUUCAAAUAUUUUUUAAAACACCACUGCAUCCAAGGCCAUGAAGUCUGUACCUGAUCUUUAUAUCUGCAAAGGAACUAAUGGGCCUAUAAAAUAAUUAUACUGAACUUUUUUUAAAAAGCCAGAGAUGUAUUUUCUUAGUGCCUCUAAGUAUCAAUGGAAGUCUAUCAAUGGAAAAUGCAGAAAGGACUGAUUAGGUUAUGUUUGAUUCUGUUAUGCCACACAAAUUAUACAAAAAUAGUCAAUGAUGAUGAAGUAUAAUGUUCACCUACAUUGAAUCACUGAGUCAGUGUGCAGUAGAGCAGUCAUGUAAUCUCUUAAUCAUGUGCCCACGCUUAGUCCACAAAUCCUCAAAAUGCAUUUCAGUCUGCUUCCAGGAGGAUCAUGUUUUGAUCUUCAGCUUGGCUGGGCCAGCCGGCCUGCUUCUUUGGUUUCAUGACAGGCCACCAAAGACCAUGGGCAAGCUUCAUUUAAAUGACUGAACCAAGUGAAAAAUGACAAGCUCUUUGUCAGGAAAGUGACAAACAUGAUUGCGCUGGAAGGGUGGCCUGCUACUGCAAUGCACGAUUGCACAGAACCCGCUGACAAAGAAUUCUGGCACCAUGCCAUGACAACAGGGCAUUUGUCAGAGCUGAAUUUUUGUUCUGGUCAGCGAAUGCCCAUUGCAAUGCUUGUAGCAGUGGUCAGCAAUGAGAGUGCCCGGAGGGCCUGUCUAAGGCUGAUGGCAGUAUGGGGAUAGGAAGAGAAAUCCUUCUCCGAAUCCCUUAACACUCAUAGCUAGCUGACGCACAAAGUCCCAAACUGGCAAAUUUGCUGGGAAGGAGACUGCAGGAAAUUCCACAUUCCUGGUAAUUUCUCCUGAAACCAGCCAUUAGAAGCUUGGCUGUGGCUAAAAGGCUCUCUUUACCUGGUGAUUGCCAGUAGUCCAGUUUUGGCCCAGUACCAUCAAUGGUCAGCUACUGCUUUCUAGAUUUAAGAUCACACGCUAUUCCCUGACAGUCAGGUGUAGUUAAUGAAUAAAACUUAGCCUUAUAUUUUGAAUUAAUGCUUCUUCUGUGGGGUUCUUAGCCUUUAUUCUUGCUUGGAAAAGUGUGUAUGUAUGUGUGUGUGUGGUGUGUGUGUGUGUGUCUGAUGUGCAUUAGCACAUGUGUGUACUUUGACAAAAGGAAGAAUGAGGUUUGCAUAUUAUUUUAUUUGUAAAAUAUAAAUAUAAUUUUAUGGGCUGGAUCCAGAUUACAUUAGUUGCUCUUGGGUCCCAUUGAAAUCAUUGUGAAAACUUAGUCAUGUCAUACUUCAGUCUCCUUGAUUUCUAUAUCUCCUAACUGCAAUUAACUUAGUCCGAAUCAAACUUUUUCUUUCGAGUGAUCAACCAUUGCAUUUCUGGCAACACCACAAGACAGCCUUUGUUAAUAGGACUUUAACAAAUACGAUCAAAUUAAAUGUAUGUCACGAAAUGGAUUGUGUUCUGUAUGCUUUUCAGCCCAAAUAUUUCUGUUUGUUAUUCUUUAAUGUUUAAUAAAAAGGUUUAAAUUUU